CUGGGAAUCCAGCGUCGCAAAAUAAACACGGCCGCGCCGCUAAUCGCCAGUUCGGAAACAAAACAGCGCUGCGCUCGGGGAUCUGGGCAAAAUCAGCCCUCCCUCCCCCUGCUCCUUCGCCGCCGCCCUCCCCUCCUCGCGCUGCUCGGCUCGCUCGGCUCAGCGCAGCGCAGCGCAGCUCGGCAGCCGCCAAGCCGGGGCGGGCACGGUCUCUCCGAGUCGCCGACGCCGGCUCCGAGCUCCCUCUCUCUCCGCCGGGGCCCCGCCAGGUCUCGCCUCCGCCGGGACCACUUUGGGCAGGAGUCGCGUGGCGAGGGCCGGCGGCAGCGGCACAAAGUUGGGGGCCCGCGAGGAUGAGGCUGUCCCCGGCGCCCCUGAGGCUGAGCCGGAGUCCGGCGUUGCUGGCCCUGGCGCUGCCCCUGGCCGCGGCGCUGGCCUUCUCCGACGAGACCCUGGACAAAGUGCCCAAGUCGGAGGGCUACUGCAGCCGCAUCCUCCGCGCCCAGGGCACGCGGCGCGAGGGCUACACCGAGUUCAGCCUCCGCGUGGAGGGCGACCCCGACUUCUACAAGCCGGGAACAAGCUACCGCGUGACGCUUUCAGCUGCUCCUCCCUCUUACUUCAGAGGAUUCACACUAAUUGCCCUCAGAGAGAACAGAGAGGGUGAUAAGGAAGAAGACCAUGCUGGGACCUUCCAGAUCAUAGAUGAAGAAGAAACACAGUUUAUGAGCAACUGCCCUGUUGCCGUCACCGAAAGCACACCACGGAGGAGAACGCGAAUCCAGGUGUUUUGGAUAGCGCCGCCAGCAGGAACGGGCUGUGUGAUUCUAAAGGCCAGCAUUGUACAAAAGCGCAUUAUUUAUUUUCAAGACGAGGGCUCUCUGACCAAGAAGCUCUGUGAACAAGAUUCCAUGUUUGACGGGGUGACUGACAAACCAAUCUUAGACUGCUGUGCCUGUGGAACUGCCAAGUACAGACUCACCUUUUAUGGGAACUGGUCUGAGAAGACACACCCAAAGGAUUACCCUCGCCGGGCCAAUCACUGGUCUGCGAUCAUCGGCGGAUCCCACUCCAAGAACUACGUGCUGUGGGAGUACGGCGGGUAUGCCAGCGAAGGCGUCAAACAAGUCGCGGAAUUGGGCUCCCCAGUGAAAAUGGAGGAAGAAAUUCGACAACAGAGUGAUGAGGUCCUCACCGUCAUCAAAGCCAAAGCCCAGUGGCCAGCCUGGCAGCCUCUCAACGUGAGAGCAGCCCCCUCGGCUGAAUUUUCAGUGGACAGGACACGCCACUUAAUGUCCUUCCUGACCAUGAUGGGCCCCAGCCCUGACUGGAACGUGGGCCUGUCUGCAGAGGAUCUGUGCACCAAGGAAUGCGGCUGGGUCCAGAAGGUGGUGCAGGACCUGAUUCCCUGGGAUGCAGGCACCGACAGCGGGGUGACCUACGAGUCACCUAACAAGCCCACAAUUCCCCAGGAGAAAAUUCGGCCCCUGACCAGUCUGGACCAUCCUCAGAGUCCUUUCUAUGAUCCAGAGGGCGGGUCUAUCACUCAAGUAGCCAGAGUUGUCAUCGAGAGAAUCGCCCGGAAGGGGGAACAAUGCAAUAUCGUACCUGACAAUGUCGAUGAUAUUGUAGCAGACCUGGCUCCAGAAGAGAAAGAUGAAGAUGACACCCCUGAAACCUGCAUCUACUCCAACUGGUCCCCGUGGUCCGCCUGCAGCUCCUCCACCUGUGACAAAGGCAAGCGGAUGCGGCAGCGCAUGCUGAAGGCACAGCUGGACCUCAGUGUCCCCUGCCCUGACACCCAGGACUUCCAGCCCUGCAUGGGCCCCGGCUGCAGCGACGAAGACGGCUCCACCUGCACCAUGUCCGAGUGGAUCACCUGGUCGCCCUGCAGCAUCUCCUGCGGCACAGGCAUGCGGUCCCGGGAGAGGUACGUGAAGCAGUUCCCGGAGGACGGCUCCGUGUGCACGCUGCCCACCGAGGAGACGGAGAAGUGCACGGUCAACGAGGAGUGCUCUCCCAGCAGCUGCCUGGUGACCGAGUGGGGCGAGUGGGACGAGUGCAGCGCCACCUGCGGGAUGGGCAUGAAGAAGCGGCACCGCAUGGUCAAGAUGAGCCCGGCGGACGGCUCCAUGUGCAAGGCCGAGACGUCCCAGGCGGAGAAGUGCAUGAUGCCCGAGUGCCACACCAUCCCAUGCCUGCUGUCCCCGUGGUCCGAGUGGAGCGACUGCAGCGUGACCUGCGGUAAGGGCAUGCGGACCCGCCAGCGGAUGCUCAAGUCCCUGGCAGAACUCGGAGACUGCAACGAGGACCUGGAGCAGGUGGAGAAGUGCAUGCUGCCCGAAUGCCCCAUUGACUGCGAGCUCACUGAGUGGUCCCAGUGGUCGGAAUGUAACAAGUCAUGCGGGAAAGGCCACAUGAUUCGAACCCGGAUGAUCCAAAUGGAGCCUCAGUUUGGAGGUGCACCCUGCCCAGAGACUGUGCAGCGGAAAAAGUGCCGUGUCCGGAAGUGCCUUCGAAAUCCAUCCAUCCAGAAGUUGCGCUGGAGGGAGGCCCGGGAGAGCCGGAGGAGUGAGCAGCUGAGGGAAGAGUCUGACGGGGAGCAGUUCCCAGGUUGUAGGAUGCGCCCAUGGACAGCCUGGUCAGAAUGCACCAAACUGUGUGGAGGUGGGAUUCAGGAACGCUACAUGACCGUAAAGAAGAGGUUCAAAAGCUCCCAGUUUACCAGCUGCAAAGAUAAGAAAGAGAUCAGAGCAUGCAACGUUCACCCUUGUUAGCAAGGGUGCAGGUUCCCCAGGGCUGCACUCUAGAUUCCAGAAUCACCAAUGGCUGGGUUGUUUGUUUGCUUGUUUAAGACAAUUUAAAUUGUGUACACUAGUUUUCAUUUUUGCAGUGUGGUUCGCCCAGUAGUCUUGUGGAUGCCAAGGACAUCCUUUCUGAAUACUUCCUGGUGGGUACUGGCUCAGUGGGGCUCUCUCACCUUCAGCCAGCGCUCUUCCUGCACAGAAGUGAGUAGUGUCGGCCACCCUGUCCUAAACUGAAACGUGUCCCUGUGGAGCUUCCACCUACCUGGCCAGGCAAGAUAGAGACCUUGGCCUCCUCCACACAGAGAGGCAACCGUGUCUGGAAAUGACUGUCUGCCUGGGCCCCAGGGUGCAGCAGGUAGGAAACAUUCCUGAUUAGAUGGGGAGAGCAGGUUCCCCUCGCCCUCAUCUUUGGCCUGUUCACUCUUGCAGAAAACGACUGUUUGCCCAUCUCUUUUCAUUUAGUGGAACUUUAGGUCUCUUGUAAAGUGUCCUCCAUCAUCAAUAGCUCCUGGGGAAGACAGAGCUGGUAGACUUGAUGAGGAGUAUUGACAUUGGGUGGCUUUUCUUUCCUCACUGAGAAAUUCUGAAUACAUUGAUCCCACUCCCCUAAUAUUGGUUCCUGAUACCCUAAAGGAAAAAGAUGAUGGCUGCUUUAUUUAAAGGUAAAGUAACCAGUUCUUACACCUGAGAUAAAGGGUACUAAGUGUAUAAAGUAUUUUUUUUCCUUGUUUUUUGUUUGUUUGUUUGUUUGUUUUUGGGGGUUUUUUGCCCACAAUUCUUUUAAGAAGCCAGCCCUAUAAACCUUUUGGCACUAAAUCCUUAUUGGAGCCAAGGCCAAGGCAGCAAAAUUGGCCUCUCUAGCGAUCCCAAGCCUGAGUUUUAAAAUUGUCUGACACACAUCUAGACUUUGAAGUUUUCAAAUCAGUUUCUAACAAAACAUUUUUGUUAUGCAAACAUUUUGCUAAGUCUGCCCAGAGCCUCCUGAGUCAUUCUUUCAACAAAAUGACUAUCUCCAAAGUUAUUCUUGAGUCAUGAAAUUUUAUAUGUAGAGAGAAAAAGUAUUUCAGAGACAAAGACAGAAAAUCUAAGAGAAAGGAGUAUCAGGAAUCAAGCUGAGCAACAAUUCUGGUGGAAAGUCAAAUCUGUGUCAACUGUCCCCGCCAGGGCUUGCGUCCUCCUGGACAUGCACAGGGAAGGCCAUGUUGACAUCCCCUUCCAAGCAAUCACAGGCACACUGAAUUCAGGGAGAUCAACUGCCAAGGAUUAGUGUAAAAGGAUAUUUUCUCAGUUGAGCCCAUCAGCAGUUUUUGCAUUUAUUGUUAAAACUAUUGUUUCAUUUCUCUUGCAGGCCUUCAUUAUUACUGCUUAAUCCAAAUAUGUACCAUGGAUGAGAUGCAUACAAUGCUUUGAUUACACUACUUUAAGUAUUUGUAUUAAACACAUCAGGAUAUUUCCAAACACGACAUAUAUAUACUAUAGCCCUGAAUAUGUAUUUUCUUUAACACAAGAUAGACUGUUCAAUAAAAAGUCACUGGGUCUGUCUUUUGUGUUUUUAAGCUAAUUAAAUGUUCAGAAGCUUGGGUCUUUUUACAAUUGUCCACCUCAAUCAUUUUCAGUAAAAGAUAUGGCUUUUGCUCCCCCAUUCUGAAGGGGACAUUAUUACCAAAUCUCUGAGCUACAUCUGAGUUGUUUCCAACAUUGUAUUUUCAAUCCUUAAGUGAACUGCUUCAUCCCCAAAGGAGCAUAAUAUAAAGAAAUUAUAAGUUUAAUUUUCUACUUGGACAAAAAAAAAAAAGUCCUGAUAUAGAAUCUGCCUACUUUUUCAACAUUGUUCUAAGGUAUCUAGGUGCAUAUUUAUACUCAUCCCAUGAAAAUCAAAGUUCCCUAUACAGUGAGUCCUAUGUCCAGGAACAAGCCACCCUAGUAUCUCAUAUUCUUACUUGAUCCCUGCUGGGUACAUUUCUAAUCCUAAUUUUGAAGACUUAAAACCAGGUUACUGGUUAAUGGCUGAGAAUGAGUAACAAUUCUUGUUGCAGAAAUGUUAUUUUUCUGUUUGCAACGGGGAAUUUCUAAGAAAUGUCAAAUCUCUUUCUUACCAAAGUCUUGUGUUAGGUGGUUUAUAGUUUUUCUGGCUAACCAAUCAUUUUGGAAAUAAAGACUUUUUACUACAAAAAUGAAAUUUGUUUGGACUUCCACUUGAGAUAAUAAAGAGAUUAGACACCGAGUAGAAACUGCCAUAUAAAGAAGUUAUAAUUGUUGUAUAUCUUUUUAUCAAUGGCAAACCAGUUGUAAUCCAAUUUACAUCCACAUUUUAACAUUAAGUUUGGAGAUAUAUUUCCCAGCCAGACAUUGGGCCACUCACCUGUCACUUUGCCAAUGCAUUUUAUUUGAAGGAAAUCUGUUGUAGCAAAUGAGAAUAAAACCUGGGCUUCUUUAGACCCAGAAUAAAAAGAUUUUGUGCUGUUUUUAAUUUGAA